AUGUUAACUAAAACAGACCACAUAGGGGUUAUUUUACCAGCAGGAACAAAACUAAAACCUAUGCGCCGAAAGGUUGAAUUUCGGGAUUGUAGAAAGCAUCGAAAGAAAGAUUUCCAUAAAGCUUUAGCAGAAGAAGAUUGGGAGGAUGUAUCGCAGUCCACGAAUGCAAAUGACGCUGUGAAUUGUCUUGAAC